AAGAAGAAGAACGCUUGCUUCCUACCUCCAGGAAGUGUGGAGCUCAGCCUGGGUACAUGUCUCUGCUUAUUGUGUUCAAUUAACAAAAUCACGGCAUAUCGCUGGUACUGAAAGUGGAUGCUGCUUUCAUUUCCUCCUGAUCUCCAUCCUCAGCUCCGCAUCACUGCCUUGUGCCAGUUAGUUGAUUGUGUGCAUUUGAUCGUACCUGUUUAAGUGCGUGUGCAUGUGUGCAAAUUCACUGUAGGCCUAUGUGUGUAUAGCUGUUAGGUAGUGUAUGUGAGUGUGUGUGUGUGUCAUUCCCUCCCAGUCCACCAUGUCCACGAAUGCCUUGACGAUCCAGCUGAAUCCUUCGGCGUGUCUUCACCUCCUCUGCCUGCUGCUGCUCCUCACUUACUCCUCCUGCGGUGUAUCUGCAGAUGGCCCAGCUCCACCUGAGCUCCAAACCCAGCCCAACACAGACCAAGGUGAUAUCAGUGGAUGGUAAUGAAAAUGCCACAGCGAACAACAUUGGCCUGAUCGUUGGUGUGACCAACUCAUCUUCAUCCAACACCCACAACUCCGUCAGCCACAAAUCAAAUGGCUCUGUAGCAUCCUUAAUCCCACCCAACCAAUCUCCAGGAGGAAACCAUUCAACCACGGCCUCACCAUCCAGUCCAGAGACAGUCACUCCGCCUGAAGCCCUUCUUUCUUCCAAAAUCACAGGCUUGCCCACUCAGGCUGCUCACACUGGAUCCAUUACAAGCACUGGUACUACUACAUCCACCACUGGACUGGUGACUUCUACAAACACAACAAUGUCAACGGCAAAAACCACACCAACCCCAAGGUUUACAAUAAAAACCACAACAACACCAACAUCUACAACAACAACAACACCAAUGCCUCCAACAACAACACCAUCAACAACAGCAGUCAGAACAACACCAAUGUCUACAACAACAAUAGCACCACACCCUCCAACAAGAGCAAAAGCAACAACCACACUUACAAGUGCUAGCAUAACUGUUACUAUUACUACAACCACAGGUACAACAAUGACACCUCCAUCAUCAUCAGCUGCCAUGCCUCAGCCAAAUGCCCCAAGUACUGGGAUGCCACCAAUUCAGACCACCUCUCCACCCACAGGGCCUUCUAACACAACUGUUACCCGUGCCAUUACUCCUGCCAAUCACAAUGGGCCGGUUGCUUCAGGAACCAGGGUUGCCAUAAUAGAAGUAGCAGGCGGUACUCUGACCAGACAGCUGGUGGAUACAGCAUCUUUACUGGCUGUCCUGCUCUUUGGCUUGCUCUUCUUCUUGGUCACGGUGGCUGUGUUUGUCACGCAGGCCUACGAGAGCUACAGGAGGAAGGACUACACCCAGGUGGAUUACCUGAUCAAUGGCAUGUAUGCAGACUCUGGGGUCUGAUGGUGAAAGAGACUAAGCACAACUCACGGAGACUGUUUUUACGCUUGGAUUCAUAGACUCCAGAAUGGAAGAUCGACUGGAUGGUAACACGCUGGUGCUGUGAAUUCACAAGGUGAUCCAGUGCUGUUGACUGUUUGGGGAGAAGUAAGAAUGAUCAGCUCAGUGAACUGACUCUAAAGUGGUCACUGACUGUUUCAUCACAAAUGCUCCACUUAAUGCUUCAUUUUCUCUUGUAUCUUUUUCUUCGAUGGAUUGAAUGUGAAGAUUUUGGCUUGUCCUAUUUUUGCCAGAUGUUCAGCAACCUAAAUAUUGGUUAUCUGGUUGUAACUCCGGUUCUUGGAGUGCAUGCAAAGCCCUCUAAUGGGCUACAACGCACACAGAGUCUCCUCCGCAGGUCAGUUCAGCUAUAGUUGGUCCCAGGGUGGCCAAACCAAUCACAAUGCUUGCAUAGCUCAACAGAUGACCUAGUCAGUUGAGCUGUUAUGUUUCUUAUAACAGAGGAAAAGACAGAAAAUGGGGUUUUGCCUGUAUUUAGUUUUUUUUUUUUUUUUUUCCAAACAAUUUCUACAUGAAAAAAUGUCAAAAUAUGUUCUUUUUUUUGGGUUAUUGAUGAAUGUCGUCAAACAGAAGUCUUGUGCUCAUUGAGGGCUCUCACUUCUCCAAAAAAUCAGGUGCGAACAAAUUACAUGUUGUUUCAGAUUUAAUUCUUAAAUUUGUUUGAAUGCAACUUAUUGCUUAAUGCAUUCUUUCCCACAUUUGAAUGUUUUGAAUAGAGAGUGACAGCCCUGUUAAGGACCAAAGCAUAUUUGUGAAUACUGCAUCUCAGAUGUGACUUUUAUUUUCUAGUAAUUAACUAAUUACUUAUUCCACAUAAAAAGACCACAGAGAUGAGUAAUUCAAUGUGAAUUUAAAAGCCAUGUUCAGCAGCAAACCCAGACCCUCAGACCCUCGUCUCACUGUUGAAUUUAAAAACAUCAACACUGAGCUUUGGAAAAUUUGGGGAGUUCUAGAUCACAGUUGCACCUGACAACUGUGUGAGGAUAAUUCUGGUUUAUCAUAACUUCAGUCUUAGUUUUGUAAUUUGGGCCAUCAUUUCUAUCACAUGCAGUAAUAUUGUACUAAUCACUGAAAUCUGGGAACACAACUUCAACAUUGAAGAGAAACUUAACAGCCCCUGAAAAUCUUGAAUCCUCCAAUUAAGUAGAAGUGUAUUCCAGGAUGUGUCAGGACAGGGAAUGGCAGCACAAGCAAACACAAGCAGUCAGAUGAUCAGCCAGGUUGGACUAAACAUACCUUUUUCCAGUGCAGUGAGGGAUUAUUCACAGAGUUGGGAUUUCUGGCACCCUUCACUUACUUUGAAGGUGCAUGAAGAAGGAAAAAGACUGAAGAGGCCAAAACUCCAGCAACACUUGAAAUAUGGAAAACAACUUUAAUGUGAAACCACUGCAUUUUAGUAAAAUGAGAGAUAAUUACCAACAUUUCAGGUGGGCUCACUUUAAGUUUGAUCUUCAAAUUAAGUGGUUUAGAUAAUAUAGAGAAACAUUUUUUUUGUUUACAACCUCUCCAGAUGCAGUUACUUUGGUGAGUAAAGUGUAAUUUUGACUGAUGGCCAAAACUGUAAAGAUAAGAUGUAAGUUGUAAUACAUUUCUUACAGUGGAAUAAUCCUUUAAAUGUAGCCGUUUAAAGAAAUACCAGUCCAAUCAGUAGCAGUAGUGUGCUAUGAAAAACAUCUGACUUGAGUGACUUUGCAGCAUAGAGACCUGGACAUGAACUAGCCUCCUCCAUACUUUAAUCAGAAGUAAAUAACCAUGUGGAAAAACCUUACGAUUCCACAGAAGUAUAAGAGUUUUCUCAGAAAGACAUUAGAAUUUGAUACAGGUACUCCUGCCAGCUGAAUACAGUGGAAGAUGUAUUUCCAUUGCUCUGCAUUAAGUUUCCCCAGAUGUGGCCUGGUGCUGGUGCAUCAGCGCCAAAGUAUAUAUAGUGUGGUAUCUGGUUUAGUCAGUUGGCCAGAGAGCGAGAGAGAGACCACCGUGUCAUCUUGGUCAGGUCAUCAGGUUGAUGAUUUUUUCAUUCUGUCAGUCUGUAAUUGUUGGCUCAGUGUUUUUCUGCCUUGUGCACUUUAUGAGCAGCCGGGGCGUUGUUUGCCCAGUCUGUUUGUUUAGAUGGCAGCUGCUUUGCUUGGUGAUGACGUUAAAGAAGAAGGUCAGACAGACAUAUUAAAAACUGCCUCAGUCAGUUCAUACUGAGAAAUAAUAAAAUCCACCCCAGUUACAUAAAUUACACUCCUUUCAGAGACUUGAUCAAUCAUUUCAGCAUCAGGCAGAGUAGCAGUAAGGUCUGAUUCCUGCCCAUUACAAAAGCAGCUGUGGAUACCCAUACUAAUUCUACUGCUGCACUCACAAAACCUAUUGCAGAUUGGACUGGGGGCUGAUGGAAAUAAUCAUGCACCAUUUUUUCACUGAAGCUUUCUUGUGAAAGUCUUUCAGUAUAUUCCAAACAAUGAGGACAGGACUGUUGUAUAAAUUACCUUUGUUUACCCACAUGAAAUGAUGAUGAUGAUGUGUGAUGGUAUGUGCCACUAACAGCAUUUUUUCAUCAAGUCUUUUUAUUUCCUGAAAAGGGCUGUCAGACAUUAUGGGGAAAUAGUUUUGUUUGUUUUAAAACCCUCAGUUACAGUGAAUGAGGAAAUACUAUCAAGUGAAUAAUGUACAUGGUCCAGGAUGUUAGCUUAGCCUAGCACAAAGCUGGGGUCGGUUCAAUACUCAUGAAAACACUAAUGACACAAAUUCCAAUUCUAGGAGUUCCAAAGCUGUCUUACUUGGCUAGCUAGCAACAACCAUUCAACAGAUCAUUCUUAGAAAGUUUUGUUAAAGAAGUAUAGUGUUUGAAACCAGGCUUCCUCCACUUAACAGGUCAGAUUUGGAGGAGCAACAUUCAGCUAUCUAGCUGUUGUUGGUCAAUAAAUAACUAUUGCUAACCCCAGAAACCACAGGGGCAGUUGCUUGUAUCAUUUAGCGGUUUAGAAUGAGUUUAGCUACACUGGAAGUUGUAGGUUUAAGUUAAACUCCUAUACAGUGACCUCUAGUGGCAAUUGAGUGAUUUCUACAUGUCACAGAAACCAGACUUUGAUAAUAAAAACAAAUAGAAGAAGAAAUUACCUUAAAUCAAAUCAGUUCAGCUACACGCUACACAAAUUACCUUAAAUCAAAUCAGUUCAGCUACACGCUAAUAAAUGAAAAAAUGCCAAGGAAAAGAUUUAGUGGAAAAAAAGUUUCCAGAGAGCUUCUCAUUUAACAGCAAACAGCAAAUACAACUAUUUCCCAAAUGCUGGACUGUUUCUUAAAAAGUCUUAUGAUUUCAGUGUCCUUACAUUAGAUUCCACUAGCUUUCAUUGAUGCGAUGACAUUUCAUUGCUUUUUCAGUGCUUAUGUUUCUUUGUAAACAUGUCUUGCAGUGAAUUAUGGGAACGGGGCCAUACCAGAUGGAUAUUUCAAUAUAUUUUAUAUUUUGCCUCACAGGGAAUGUACUUUGGAACACUUUGAACAGUUAUUUUGAGUAUGUUGGAUUGUAUGUCUAUCUAGUCUAUGAUUGGUAAAUUGAUCUUCAUAUGCUUAAUAUGCACCUCACUGUACAUUUCUCAUGGUUUUGUUUGUUUUUAUGAAUCUUAAGCCAUUCGUCCACUUACAUUUAAUACAUUCCUGGGGAAAAAAUGGUUUUCUCAUAAUCGUGACUUCCAUGUAAUAUUUAAACUCUCAUUUCAAUUCUCUUGUAUAAUUGCAGAGUAAAAGUUUGAAUUAUAUCUCAUAAAAUGAAAAGCACAUACUCAGUAUGAGUUACAUCUGUUGAAGUUCUGAACAAUAUAAGAUAAUUAGGCUUAUGGACAGAUGUCUUAUUAGCCCAGUAGUCCCCUUCUACAGUACUUUCUACAGUUCUCAAUGAUUUUGUAGUGCGUUAAGAACCAAAACAUGAGACAAAUCCCAGAAACUGAUGUCCAUGCUACCGACUGAAUAAUUGUUGCCUUUCCUCACCAGUUUGUAUUAGUUGUGUUAGUACUUCUCCUGAGGGAUUCAUGGUUGAUGGAUUUCUGCCAAAUAAUCACUAAAGCACAUUAUUGUAUGAUAAAGCCAAGGGAAACGUAAAGCCAUUAUCAAUAUGUGACUGAUGAUGAAAGAUGAUGGGAACUGUAUUCCACAGCGUGAAAGGAAGAUUUAUGGAUGGAUCUGAAAACUCACACAGCAGAGGAUGUCUUCAAAGAAAAAGCAGUGUUUUUGUCAUUGUGUCUUUCUGCAGCAUGCACAGUGCAUUUUGUGUUAAUUUUCCAGUUUUUGCCAUAUUUUUAAAGUUGAUGCCAUAACUGAUGUAUUGUUUCCUCCAGAAAACAGUGUUUGGAAGAAUGUCUGGUUUUCGCAAGAACAGAAGAGGCCAUUGGUACGGAAGCAGAGAUUUUGUCAUAGAGAUUAUUAUAAGGGUUUUUUUUCUUUCUUUCUUUUUAAUAACAAAAUAAUGUCAAAAAACAUGGCCUCUCUCAGCUUCCAUACAUGGGCAUAAUUAUUUUUGUUUUAUUUGCUCAUGAACACUGGCUCAUUUUAGUGAUCUGAGUGACAAAUUUUGUUUUCUCAUCCUCACAAAAUCAUUAAUGAGCGAACCAUUUACAUUAUCCUGAGAUCACAAAAAAUUAUUCAGUGAUCAUUGGCAACAAAAUCAAUGGCUUCUCCAGUCUUCUGUAAGAUUGACUUGAAGACUGCAGUGAUGACAGAAAUUGCUCUUUUGGCAAUUAAAAAUUAAUAAAUUACAAACUGAUCUAAUGUCACUAUGUCCAUUGUGUUAGUGGAGUGUUUUCAAGAUUUGAUGAUUUUCUAACUGUAAGUCAGAGUUUCUGAUGUCAAUAAUCCUAAACUGAGCUGUUGAAGAUCUUGGAAACAACACUGGUGGAUUAUGUUCAGGGUGGUUUUGUGUUUGUUGUGACUGAUGUGCAGAAUGUCAAGAAAUAACAGAGAAGACACCUGCUGUGUGCCAACUCAACAUUGUACUAAUGCACUUUGAAAAGAUAUUUUUACUUAAGAGAGAAUAAAUAAUAUAAAAGAACCAAA